AUGGAAGACCAACCGCAGCACUCAGUGGCGCUCAAGAUCGGUUUGAUCGGUGAUUCGCAGAUCGGCAAGACGUCGCUCAUGGUGAAGUACGUGGAGGGCACAUUUGACGAAGAUUACAUUCAGACACUUGGGGUAAACUUUAUGGAGAAGCAAAUAUCAAUCCGUAACACAUCCAUCACAUUUUCCAUCUGGGAUUUAGGAGGUCAGAAGGAGUUUAUCAACAUGCUCCCACUCGUGAGCAACGACGCCGUCGCCAUCUUGUUCAUGUUUGACUUAACGCGCAAGUCGACUCUAAAUUCGAUAAAAGAGUGGUAUCGCCAGGCCCGUGGGUUCAAUCGCACCGCAAUUCCGUUCUUAGUAGGUACGAAGUACGAUCAGUUCAUCGAUUUGCCCAUGGAGGACCAGGCUGAAAUCACGCUCCAGGCGCUGAAGUUCGGCCGUGCCAUGAAGGCUCCGAUCAUCUUCACCUCCACAUCCAAGUCAAUCAAUGUUCAAAAGAUUUUCAAAGUUAUUUUGAGCAAGGCGUUUGAUUUGAAGCUUAACAUUCCCGAGAUAACCAACGUGGGAGAGCCAAUAUUGAUCUAUCAAUCGACGUAA